AUGCCAAGAUUUCCCUCCAAUGUGUCUUUUUUUUGUUAUGCGUAUGUGUUUGUUUUUAUGCGCGAUAUGUGGCUUUUGUGUUUAUUGGCGGGGUUUGUUGUUGUUGUUGUUGUUUUCCUUUAUUUUCUUUCCUCUCAUUUCUCCAUUGACCACCAUGACCGAAAAUUACAUGUUGAACCAGAAAUACGUACAAAUAUUGGACACGAUCUAACUGAGAGAAGAAUGGUUGACGACUCCGGCCAAUUUGAGGUGGUGUUUCUUCCUGGAGAAGGGGCGUUACUUUCACCCCGCCCCGUCAUGGUGACAGUGCGCUGCUCACAUAACCGAGUAGAGGAGCCCUCAGUGGAUCGCGAUGCCAUAGAUAAUACAUGGGAGUUCCUCGUCAGAGGCAGCUGCGGUGGUCAAGAGAUGAGGAAGGGAGAAAUGUAUAACGGCCUCAAGUUUCGGUUGUAUGAUGUGGAGCAGGAGGGAGACAAAUGCCACAUAAAACUCGGCAUAACGGACUACAAAACGAAUAUUGGAACCACGAGGAAUAUCGGUGUCUACACCGAACUUGCGAAUUUGCGGAAUACAACGGUGGAGAAUUAUCUUGCCAAUGCACUUGGCGUAGAGUGCUUCACCAUCACGUCUGAUGGCAAAGGAGUUUUAUUUCGCCGAUCGGAGGUUGUUGGCGAGUAUCCGAAUUAUUUUUGUUUUCCAGGCGGUCAUCCUGAGCCGGGGGAACUCCUUAAUGUACAGCAAUUGCAAUCCGCUUGUAAUAACUCUCUGAAUGGAGGAUCACUUGUCGAAAAUGCAACGAAAUGGUUUGAGUGUGUGAACUCCCACGUUCUCACAAGGCUUCUUUUUGAAGCGGCAGUGAGUGAAGUGUCGGAUGAACUUGGUGUGGAUCCCGCGUUGUGCGUCAACCAGGGUAUUAUCGGUUUCAUGAAGAACACGCACAGCAGGAAGGCAGACGCCUGCUUUUGGAUUGAGUUGAAGCAGCCCGCCUCGGAAAUAAAGGCUUGUUUUGAUCUCCGUCGUGGCUCAGACGCGUUUGAAUCUGUUCCAGGCUCCAUGCUAUUUGUCGAUUUAGAUCGCAUUCGGGACAGGGAGGCUGCAUUACGAUUUGUAUCGGAGGAAUUGGAGGGUAAAUUGGCACCACCGUCUCUUGCGUGUCUGUUGUGGGCGGUAAAUCGCCUCCGAAAUCGUUCUUCUUUCGGAGUAGAGAAGUGA